AUGCUCAGACGGAGCUACAGCACCGAGGAGGAAACCAUUCAUCCCGACAGGACUGGGAAACGCUUUUUUUCUUUUACGUACUGCGAUGCCACUUGGGCACCUUUUGGGACUUUCGGAUCGUUAAACUUCCUCUUUUCUCUGGAGAAACAUUGUUGGAUAAACAUGACGCACAAGUACAGCCAGCGGUCUCUGAUUGUACUGUCUUUACUGGGGAUUUUAUCCGCCAUCAUGUCGGUGUUAUCGGUGAUUCUGAUUUUCCAGCUGCAGUCCCAGAAGACGGCGGUGAAGGAGUCUCCCCCGUCCACGUCCACGCUGGUCCCCGCUCAUGUAUGGGCCGUGCUGCUGCCGGUGUCCACGGUGCUCUCCGCGCUGUCGCUCACCCUCAACCUGAGCUCCGUGGUGGUGUGUUUGCUCCACAGCUACUUUUCCACGGAGGUCUGCAGAGGAGAGCAGGACACGGAGAGAGCAGACUGGUUCCUUUUGGACAGCAGAGCAGUACGACAUGUGGCUAUUGGACUCUUCUGCCUGGGAGUUUCAGUCUACUUGGCAGCUAUGUCCAUCUUCAUGCUCCUCAUAUUUGAGAUGGAAACCGGCAUUGCCAGUGCUUGCGUUCUCUCUUCUGGGAUCCUGAUCCUGCUGGUGGCUGUGAUACACUCCCUGGUCAAAGCUUCCCACACAGCCAAGCACUGUCACAGCGACCGCCUGGACACUCUCUUUCAGAACGACCACGGCAGCAGCAGCACGCCAGUCUCUCGGCCCUGUGAGCUGAAGAUCGGCGUGGACAAACCGCGGAUGCACCGCAGCCAGUCUCACCUUCAGCAUCAGAUCUCCUUCUCUCAGUGCGGCAACCCGAGACAGCGAGAACUGUAUCAACAACAGCAGUAUUCCCCUGCAGGAGGUUCACAGGGACACGCUAGUGAUAAAGAUGGCUACAGCAGCGGCGGCAGCUGUCCACGAAUGCACAGGACCCUGUCUACUGAAUCUGGUUUGCUGCAGGCCCAAGUCAAACCCUGGAACGGGGUCAACAAUGAGAUGAGGAGUGUCCUUGCACGCAAGUCAGGGAUUUCUGCAAAAGACUCCACUCUUGUGUGACACCAAACAAGCUGAGCUCCCGCUUAAACACAACAGUAGCUACAGAGGACUGAUCUCCUUCCUUGAUCUACUUCAUGUGGAUGCCAACAAGUGAAAACCAAGUGCAGAUGUACAACCGUCAUUUUGUAUUUUUUCCAUGGAACUGAUUGGAAAACACACCCAAGUUUUUACUUUUAAACACGUAUUUUUUUUGACUUGGUGGAAAAUAUACUGUAUCAUUUGUAGUGUUUUGUAUGAAUGAACUUGAUUUAAAUCUCUUAUAAAAACACCAAUGCCACCCAAGUAUCAACUGGGCAAAUUUAUAGCUUUCCUUGUAAUGAUGUAAAUAAUUUAUUCUGCUGUAUAUAGCGGCUUUCUGCCAAAUAUGUGCUCAAUGUGCAGAUGUGUUUCAUUUUGUGCUGUUCAAAAUUAUGUCACAAAAAUCUUAAAUUUAUUCUGGAAAACAUAACUUGAUGUCAAAAUUAAAAGAUUAAAAGAC